CAGCGUCCCGGGAGCCUCUGAGGGGCCUCGGAGCAAGAUGGCGGCAGCGGCGGGGUCCGAGCGGCGCGGGCGGCGGCCUCGGCGGCGUGUGUGAGGAGGGGUCCCGGGGUCCCGGGUGGCUCCGGGCCGGGGCCCCGCUGUGGGACGGAUCAUGCUACGUUCCACUGGCUUCUUCCGCGCCAUCGAUUGCCCUUACUGGGCGGGAUCCCCCGGGGGGCCUUGCCGGCGUCCCUACUGCCACUUCCGGCACCGCGGAGCUCGGGGUCCGGGCGCGUCCGGCGGCGGUGCCGCGCCCGCAGCAGGGCUUGGCUAUGAUCCAUACAACCCUGAGCUGCCCCAGCCGCCAAUGCAGAGGGAGAAUGGCACGCUGGGCCAGACAGAUGGCAUGCUGGAACUGGAGCUGGUCAACCAAGCCAUUGAGGCAGUGCGCAGUGAGGUGGAGCUGGAGCAGAGGCGCUACCAGGAGCUGCUGGAGACUACGCGGGAGCACGGAGCCGGGGCCUCGGCCCUGGCACCCCACAGCCCCACCACGGGCCUGGAUGAUGAUGAUGACACCUUCCCACUGGUCUUCAGCCAUACACCAGCCAGUCAUGGCCUGCUGAACCCAGACACCAGUUACCAGCCUACCCCACUGGCCACACCCGCAGAGCCAGGCAGUAAGUACUCACUGGCCCCUUUGGAGAGGGGUCCAGCCAGAGCAGGAAGUGGUGGAGGUGCUCUUGAGUAUGUCCCCAAGGCCGUGGGACAACCACGCCGCUAUGGCCGCUCCAUGCCCAGCAGCAAGUAUGUAGUGGAUAACUCGAAGCCAUCCACAGACUUGGAAUAUGACCCACUGUCCAACUACUCAGCUCGCCACCUUGGCAGGGCCAGCUCCAGGGAUGAGCGGGCCACCAAGCGGCCCCGGGGCUCCCGGGGCAGUGAGCCCUACACACCCGCCCUCAAGAAGCCUUGUGACCCCUUCGGAGGCUGUGAAGCCAGGUUCUCAGACUCAGAAGAUGAGGUGGCCAGCUCCCCCAAAACUGAUGCCAGUAUCCCCAAGACCCCCAGCAGUACCCCCAAGGCUGGGGCGGGCCCCAAAACCAAGACCCCUGCAAAACUUCCCUCCAAGGAGGGCCUGGAGCCCGGGGAGAGUGGUCCACGGGGGACCAAGGAGAUGGCUGUGCAGUGCGAUGUGGAAGACCUGGGACAGGCCCCCAAGGUGCCAGGCCAGGUGUCCCCGGUCAAGCCAGGUUCCCUAGCCAGGGCCUCUCAGGAUCCCGGGAUCCCUAAGGAGAGCAAAACUAAGAAGAAGAAAAGUGGGACUGCAGCUGACCUUGACCACAAGGGCAACUCCCACAAGAAGGAUCGGAGGAAGGAGCGAGGUCGGCCCCCUGAGAAGGUCUGCAGGGAUAGGAAGACCCCACAGGCCACCAGUGCCCGGGGCAAGGCCCAUCGGUCUGAGGGGACCAAGAAAAAGCCAUCUUCAGCCACUGCAGUGGCCAGCUCAGGGAAAGGGGGGCCUAGCUGCCCCUCCAGUGGGGGCCCCCGGCCCCAGGACUCUGGGUCCAGCCCCCACAUGCCACUGGCUCGGAAGGGUGGCGGGAAGGCACUGUCAGGGAAGCUGGUGGAGCGCAAGACCCGCUCCCUGGAUGAGGCUGCCCCCCAGGAUGCCCCAAAGCUGAAGAAACGGGCCCUGAGCCAUGCUGACCUCUUUGGGGAUGAGAGUGAAGAGGAGGACUCUGGCCUGGGGGCUGGGGCACCCCGUGUCUGGCCCCCAACCUUGCCCAGCCUCAGCUCAGACUCCGAAUCAGACUCAGACUCCAGCCUGGGCCUGGGUAAGGCUCAGGUUCCCAAGCACCUCAAGGCCAUGCCCCCCGCUCCACCCUCCUCGUCCUCCCCAUCCUCUUCCAGCGAUGAUGCCGCCGAUGUGGACUACUCAGCCCUGGAGAAGGAGGUGGAGUUUGACACAGACCCCAUGGAGGAGUGUCUACGUAUCUUCCAUGAGGCCACCAGUGUGAAGACAGAGGACAAAGGCCGGCUGGCCCGGCAGCCCCCCAAGGAGGAGGAGAAAGAGCACGUGGGCCUGACCACUCUGUUCCCGGGGCAGAAGAGGAGGGUCUCCCACCUGUGCAAGCCGGGCAGGGAGGCAGAGGCCCUGAGGAGGGCCCCUGAGGCGCCCCCAACCCGGCCCCCGACGGCUCAGGAGGUAUGCUACCGGCGGGCACAGCAGGCACAGCGGGACUCAGCCAGCUGGCUGCAGGCUGCACCACGGCUGCCUGAGAAACCCUCUUCCAUACACAUCUCGGCCCCUGGAGAGAAGAGGAGGAUUGCUCAUGUACCCAACCCCCUCCUGGCCACCGCCCAGUCAGGUGCCAAGAAGGCGCUUCUGGCCAGCAGCAGCCAGGCACCCAACGGCCCUGAGCCCAGCAGCCAGCUGCUGAAGACACGCACGCUGUCAGGCAUGGCAUCCAAGACCACCACCACUGUCACCCUGAAGCGCAUUGCUCACAGCCCAUCACUCCAGAGUCUAAAGAAACCCAUUAUUCCAAAAGAGUUUGGGGGCAAGGUCCCCACUGUGAUCCGCCAGCGCUAUCUCAACUUGUUCAUCGAGGAGUGCCUUAAGUUCUGUUCAUCCAACCAGGAGGCCAUUGAGAAGGCACUGAAUGAGGAAAAGGUGGCGUAUGACCGCAGCCCUAGCAAAAACAUCUACUUGAACGUGGCUGUGAACACUCUCAAAAAGCUCCGGGGUCUGGUCCCCAACACGGUGCCCACCCUCAGCAAGACCAGUGGCCGCAGGGUUGUGUCCCACCAGGUUGUGUUGGGGGGCAAGUUGGCUGCCAAGACCAGUUUCUCACUAAGCCGCCCCAGCAGCCCCCGAGUGGAAGAUCUGAAAGGCACCGCCCUGUACAGCCGGCUCAGAGAGUACCUGCUUACCCAGGACCAGCUCAAGGAGAAUGGGUACCCCUUCCCCCACCCCGAACGCCCAGGGGGCGCCAUCAUCUUCACAGCCGAGGAGAAGAAGCCCAAGGACCCCUCCUGCAGAAUUUGCUGUCGCUGUGGCACCGAGUACCUCGUUUCCUCCUCUGGCCGCUGUGUGCGCAACGAGGAGUGUUACUACCACUGGGGGCGGCUCCGGCGGAAUAGAGUGGCCGGGGGCUGGGAGACACAGUACAUGUGCUGCUCUGCUGCUGUCGGUGCUGUGGGAUGUCAGGUGGCCAAGCAACAUGUGCAGGACGGUCGCAAGGAAAACCUGGAGGGCUUUGUGCGAACCUUCGAGAAGGAGAUUCCAGACAAUGCCCAUGCCGGGGUCUUCGCUCUUGACUGUGAGAUGUCCUACACCACGUACGGCCUGGAGCUGACCCGCGUCACAGUGGUGGACACAGACAUGCAGGUUGUGUACGACACGUUUGUCAAGCCCGACAAUGAGGUGGUAGACUACAACACCCGGUUCUCAGGGGUGACAGAGGCCGACCUCGUGGACACCAGCAUCACGCUGCGAGAUGUCCAGGCCGUGCUGCUUAGCAUGUUCAGUGCAGAUACCAUCCUCAUUGGACACAGCCUGGAGAGCGACUUGCUGGCCCUCAAGGUCAUCCACAGCACUGUGGUGGAUACUUCGGUGCUGUUUCCGCACCGCCUGGGCCUGCCCUACAAGCGCUCCCUGCGGAACCUCAUGGCUGACUACCUCAGACAGAUCAUCCAAGACAACGUGGACGGGCACAGCUCCAGCGAGGAUGCCAGCGCCUGCAUGCACCUUGUCACCUGGAAGAUCCGAGAAGACUCCAGGAGCAAGCGAUGAUGCCCCACCCAUCCCAUCACCACCACCACCGCCUCUCCUGCAGCUCUGGCCACCCACAGCCCUGGCCACCCUCAGACCCAGGUCUCUUUUCAAACUGUACAAUAAAUGUACGAGCUGACGGUGUGCCUCUCUAGCAUGGGCUGCAGGGUCUGAGGACCUGAGGACUCAGAGUGGGGCUGAGAGCAGCUGAGCCCAGCUCUACACCCGUCCCACUCAAUGCCCUGACCCGGCCUGUGCUGCAGCUGGGCAGCAGAGCCCACUGCCUCUCCGUUCCUUUGUACAGAACCCAGGGGCAGGGCAAACCUUUGUGCUCUCUUUGAGACGGGUUGUCUUUUUUUAUUUUAUAUUAUUUUUAUUAAUUUUUAAUUUAGUCCUGUUGCCCUGCACAGUUAUUCCUUUACCUCACCCCAGGACCUCCGGCCCUGUGUUGUCCCUUCCUGAGCACCCACGGGGAACAGAGUAGACUCAAGCCAGGGCUCAGACCCCACAUCCAGCUCCCAGUGGGCCCGGAUGUCCCCUGCCUUUGGGUGGUGGUUUCCAGAAUUCAUCCCCAGUCUACCUGGACUCUUUGACUCCCCAGAGUCAGGCCAGGCCAGGCUCCAUGCCUGUCCUUCCUGGGCUGUCAUCCUGGGCGCUGCCUCCUCUGUGGGUAGGGACCGAAUAAAUAUUUGUAUUUAGAUUUCA